CAGUCGCUGUUUGGCAGACGUUUGGACUGGACGUGACCGAGGAGGUAGAGCCUUACAACACCUUUAAGCACUGCUUAGAUAAAUCAGAAUGCAACGUAUCGUGGCAAGGCGCAGCUGCAGCUUAAUGCUGAGGCUCAACGCUCGCUCUCUGGCCACGACGCCCGUGGGCGAUGUGCUCUUUCCGACCAAAUCGGAUUUUCCCAGUCGUCAUAUAGGACCACGCAAGACGGAUGUGGUUGCCAUGCUGGACACGCUGGGCUUUAAGUCCUUGGCAGAGCUCACCGAGAAGGCGGUGCCGCAGAGCAUACAAUUGAAGCGGGAUCUGAGCCUCGACAAGCCUCUGAACGAACACGAGCUAAUCCAACGUAUUCGUGACAUUUCGCUCAAGAAUCAGCUGUGGCGCUCGUACAUCGGCAUGGGCUACCACAAUUGCCAUGUGCCCCACACGAUCGUGCGUAACAUCUUCGAGAAUCCCGGAUGGACCACACAGUAUACACCCUAUCAGCCGGAGAUCGCCCAAGGUCGCCUCGAGUCGCUGCUCAACUAUCAGACGCUCGUCACCGAGCUCACGGGGCUGGAUGUGGCGAAUGCCUCGCUGCUGGACGAGGGCACAGCUGCUGCGGAGGCCAUGUGCCUGGCCAACCGGCACAACAAGCGCAGGAAGCUCUACCUGUCGAACAAGGUGCAUCCUCACACCUUGGCGGUGGUGCAGACGCGUGCCGAUGCACUGGAGCUGGAUAUCGUUGUGGGUCCCAUUGAGCGGGCCGAUCUGCGCAGCCGAGAGCUGUCCGGCAUUCUGCUCCAGUAUCCGGAUACCUACGGAGAUGUCAAGGACUUUGAGGACAUUGCGGCUCUGGCACGCAAAAAUGGCACCCUGGUGGUGGUGGCUACCGAUCUGCUGGCCCUCACGCUGCUGCGUCCGCCCGCCGAGUUCGGCGCGGACAUUGCCAUCGGCACCUCGCAGCGCCUGGGCGUGCCCCUGGGCUAUGGCGGCCCGCACGCCGGCUUCUUUGCCUGCAAGCAGAGCCUGGUGCGCCUGAUGCCGGGUCGCAUGAUUGGGGUGACGCGCGACAUGGACGGCAACGACGCCUACCGCUUGGCGCUGCAGACCCGCGAGCAGCACAUCCGACGCGACAGGGCUACGAGCAACAUCUGCACCGCCCAGGCCCUGUUGGCCAACAUGUCCGCCAUGUACGCCAUCUACCAUGGCCCGGAGGGUCUGAAGGCCAUCGCGAAUCGCAUUCAUCACUUCACACUGACGCUGCAGACGGGUCUGCUCGAGGCUGGCCAUGAGGUGGUCAACAAGAAUUUCUUUGACACUCUGCACGUGAGACUCUCAGGCGAUCUCUCGCUGGAGGAGCUCAAGGAACGCGCCGAGCACAAGCACAUCAACUUGCGCUACUUGCCAGAUGACACCGUAUGCGUGGCCUUGGAUGAGACGGUGAGUGUGGCAGAUGUGAACGACCUCUUGUGGUGCUUCAAGGCACCAUUAACGGUGGAGGAGCUGCUAGCACGCAAGGAUGUGCUGAAGAACUCCAUUGAGAACUCCAAGUUCCUGCGCACCUCGCCCUACCUGCAGCAUCCCAUAUUCAACAGCUAUCACAGCGAGUCUCGCAUGGUGCGCUACAUGAAGAAGCUGGAGAACAAGGAUAUCUCGCUGGUGCAUUCCAUGAUCCCACUAGGCUCCUGCACCAUGAAACUGAAUGCGACCACCGAGAUGAUGCCCUGCUCGUUCCGACACUUCACAGAGAUUCAUCCCUUUGCACCAGUCGAGCAGGCUCAAGGCUUUCAUCAACUGUUUAGCGAACUGGAGCGGGAUCUCUGCGAAAUCACGGGCUACGACAAAAUCUCAUUUCAGCCCAACUCUGGUGCUCAAGGCGAGUACGCCGGCCUGCGUGCCAUCAGGAGCUACCACGAGCACCGCAACGAGGGACAUCGCAACAUUUGCCUGAUUCCCAUUUCUGCGCACGGCACAAACCCAGCCUCGGCCCAAAUGGCUGGCAUGAAGGUAGAGCCCAUACGAAUUCUCUCGGAUGGCUCCAUCGAUAUGGCCCAUUUGCGUGACAAAGUGGCGGAGCAUUCCAAUGAGCUGUCCUGCCUCAUGAUCACCUAUCCCUCGACCAUGGGCGUGUUUGAGGAGACAGUGGCCGAGAUCUGCACGUUGGUGCACCAACACGGUGGCCAGGUGUAUCUGGACGGUGCCAAUAUGAACGCUCAGGUGGGCCUGUGCCGGCCCGGAGACUACGGAAGCGAUGUGUCUCACCUGAAUCUUCACAAGACCUUCUGCAUACCGCAUGGUGGCGGCGGCCCUGGCAUGGGACCCAUCGGAGUGAAAGCACAUCUGGCACCGUUCCUACCUGGCCAUCCAGUUGUCAGUCCGCUCGCUAGCGAGGAGCACAGCUUUGGUGUCGUCUCAGCCGCGCCCUUUGGCAGUCCGGCAAUCCUACCUAUCUCCUGGUCGUACAUUAAACUCAUGGGUAGUCGUGGUUUGAAGAGAGCCACCCAAGUAGCCAUCCUGAAUGCGAACUACAUGUCCAAGCGUCUGGAGCAGCACUACAAAACGCUGUACAAGGCAGAAAACUCGCAGCUGGUGGCCCAUGAGUUCAUACUGGACAUACGGGAUCUUAAAAAGACGGCCAACAUUGAGGCCGUCGAUGUGGCGAAGCGUCUUAUGGAUUACGGCUUUCAUGCACCGACCAUGUCCUGGCCCGUAGCCGGCACACUGAUGAUAGAGCCAACUGAGUCUGAAGACAAAGAGGAGUUGGAUCGGUUCUGUGACGCCAUGAUCUCCAUUAGAGAGGAAAUUGCAGAGAUCGAAGAAGGGCGCAUGGACAAAACCGUUAAUCCCCUGAAAAUGGCGCCACACACACAGGCCCAGGUCAUAUCGGACAAAUGGAACCGUCCCUACACACGUGAACAGGCUGCCUUCCCAGCGUUGUUCGUGAAGCCAGAUGCUAAAAUUUGGCCUACUGUUGGCAGAAUCGAUGAUGCGUAUGGUGAUAAGCAUUUGGUGUGCACAUGUCCGCCCAUUCUGCCAGAUUUGUAAUAAACUUGUACAAUAUCUAAAUAUCUUUAAGAAAAAUAUACAUAUA